AUGCCAAAAUCACCGCAAACAAAAAAUAUUGUAGGAAGAGGGGAGAUACCGCAAGAAAAGGAUGAUCCCCAUCAAUCGGAAACAACCGUUCAUAAUAGAGAAAUAAAAACUUCCGCGACUCCAAUGACAACUGGAGAGAUUGGAAUUUCUCGAGAUUUUAUGGACAUUUCUGAUUCAAUCACUACGACUAACGCAAUACACGAUGUGCAUGAUAUACAGCAACCCGCCACUUCUGGUUUUACAUCUUCUACGCAGAGGAUGGAGGAAAGAAAGGAGCAAGACGAAGAAGGUGACGAUCAUGAAUCACGCACAAAAGAAAUUUUAGAUAAAGCUUUUUCAGGUGUUCAAUUGGAUAAAGAUUUUCAUCGUGAAUUGCAUGGUUCUCGCGUGGAAGAUCACCAGAAACCUAGUGGACAAGUUGUCGGGGCAACUAGAAGUCAAGAAGGUGAUCAAAAUUUACCUUACAUUGAAUAA